AUGCAUGACGCAUCCAGUAAGACUGAUGGACUUGUCGCCGACACUUCGGAGGUACUGUCGGAUGCACAAUCUCAAUCCCCGGGAAGCUCCCAGCCGAAUGUUGUGGCCGCUGCCAAGCAAGCACUCGAUUCUUACAAAAGAAAGUGGGAUGUGGACCAGUCGAAAACCGUCAUAACGCUAUUUUCAACAAGCGAUCUAUAUUACGACGCUCGAGGGAGCCUUGACGACCUCCAGCGGGCCAUCGCGGCAGAGCAAAGCGCCCUACAACUUGUUCCAGACGAGCACCCUGACAGGGCUUUGCAACUGAGCAAUCUCAGCCACUCAUUGCAAAGACGCUUUGAAUCCCUUGGCGCAAUCAACGACCUCGCAAGUGUCAUCGAAAUGCAACUACGUGCAGUCGAGCUUACCCCGAACGGCCAUCCCAACUUGCCAAUUCGCCUCGAUAGCCUCGGCUCUAUCGAGAGCGCCGUUUCGAAUCAACGGCGUGCAAACGAGUUGACUCGUGAUGAUCACCCCACCAAAGCUACACUGCUGCACAAUUUGGCAUUGUCCCUGAAGGCCCACUCCUACCAAGACCGGACGAUGGAUCGUUUCACAGAAGCUCUCGCUUACUACAUGGCUGCGGCUGCCUCCCAGCUGGCGCUAGACCCGCCGAGUUCGCGUCUUCUUAUGGCCAAGUAUGUCGUAAGUUAUCUCGAUGAGAACCCCGAGUUCAGCACAGCCGAGAUGGCCGUGCGCCGGCCACUCUCGUGUUCUUGA